AGAUUGCCGCUCUCAGAGUUCACGUCGGACCUUGGCUCAGACACCACAUUGAAGAAGAGAGUGUCAAAGAGAAAGUACAUUAGUGACAGUGACACAGAUGAAAUUCCGACAAAAUGCCGGAGAUGGGCCUCCCACGAGAAAAAGAAGACAAGGAGGGCACAAAAAACACACAAAUCGGUGUGUCCUUCAAUUCUUCAAGAUGACUUCCCACGUAUACCUGAUAACUUCCCACCUGGUUUGUGCUCUGCAGAAAGCGGUCCAGCACCUCAAGAUGUCACACAAAGCAGUGCGACACCUGCUCCAGAACAACGCAUACCAGUGGCUGGCAUCUCACCGGUCAUGUCUCAGUUUUGUAGUGGCACCCAGUCAUCCCUGUUUGAACGUGAUUAUGUACCUUUUCGUCGUUUAUCGCAUCUCUGGUCCUAUACUACCAGGCCCAUGUGAGUCCAUACAACGUGCAGCAGAAAAUACACACUAUGGCACCCCAGACACUGCCCCAGACAUUGUGCGUCCAUCCAGCCUGUCUCAGGCACUGCACCGAUACGACAUGCCUAAGUCAGCCUGCUCUGCCUCUGCUGCUAGUGCCUUUGAUAUACUCCCACAUGCAGAUGAAUGCAUCGAGAGCGUAACUAACCAUGGUGGGGACGUUGGUGUAACAAAUAGGGACUGUGCUAGUCACACAGAAAGCGACACCAGCUCACGGCAUGUACAGGAGCUGUCGUCACUUCGCCGUGUUUCAGUAACAGGUCUGCGACCAAACAUUGCCUCGGAAGCCAACGCACCGUAUCCUAUUGCACUGGACCGGUGCAACACGCCUACAUCUUCAAGCCCUUCAAAUGUGACAUCAGCGUGCUCUGCUCCUGCUCCUGGUGUCAAUGUGCUCCCACAUGCAGAGUUUCAGCGUCAAGUUAUCCGCCAGCUGCACGUUAUCCGCCUCAUGCUGCAGCAGCAGGCUGACAUUAAUCAGCACACGUGUGGAAACCCUCGAACAUCCUUGCUUUCGAAACCUCAAGAAAACAUUAUUAAGAAGCCAUUUGAUAACCUCGAAGAGUUCAAGGCCUUUGAGGCAUCCCUAACCCCUGAGAAAGAAGAGAAGCUUACACAGGAGCUACAAUACCUGGGUGGGAAAGACAUCAAGUCAACAACUCGUCGCAUUCUGUGCUACGUCAUGACUAAGAGAGUGGCUAAGAACUAUAGCUGGGUUGGCCACAAGGGAAAAGACAAGUUUUGCCUUCUCAAGAUGUGCAGUGCAAUCAUGAAUGCGGUGAGGGGAAACAGAAGGCUCCGAGAUGUAAACGCUUUCGAGGUAGAGAGUGUCAUACAAUCAUACCUCCGGCACGCAAACUGA